AUGGCUAAAUACGAAACCGUCAAAUUAGCCACUGGUGCUGAUUUACCUCUCAUUGGUUUAGGCACGUGGUUGUCCACCGAUUCGGCAGCUUUAACAACAGCAUUGAAAACAGCCCUGGAUGCUGGAUAUCCAUUAAUUGAUACCGCUUAUGUUUAUGGUAACGAGGCUGUCAUCGGAAAAGUACUGCAAGAAUAUUUCACUUCCGGUAAAUUAAAACGAAAAGAUAUCUUUAUCACAACAAAAUUACCAUUAAUGGUGCAUAGACCGGAUGAGAUCGAAGAAUUGAUUAAGAAACAGCUGGAGUAUUUGCACGUGGAUUACUUUGAUCUUUAUCUUGUCCACUGUCCAUGUCCAUGCAAACAUCAGCCUGGAGAUACACCGGAUAACUACAAAUUGCUAUUGAAGGAUGGACAUGUAGUUCCGGAAUUGAUUGACCAUAUCGAAACCUGGAAGGUGCUGGAAAAGUUGUAUGGGGCGGGAAUACUGAAAGUACGUUUUGCUGGUGCUGUAUUCCGAAACAUUGCUAUUGGAUUAUCGAACUUCAAUGAGAAACAAAUGCAAUAUGUGCUCGACCAUGCAACUGUGAAACCACAUAAUUUACAGGUCGAGGCACAUCUCUAUUGGCCGCAAAAAGAACUUCAUGAAUUUUGCAAGAAGAAUAAUAUCACGAUGACAAGCUAUGCAACGCUUGGAUCACCUGGAAGAAUAGCUUUUAAUCCGGACUUUAGUUGGCCCAUUGGUGAACCCAUGAAGGAUCCUUUGGUUUUAAAACUUGCCGAAAAGUAUAAGAAAUCACCAGCUCAGGUGCUUUUACGUCAUAUGACACAGCGUGGCAUUUCCACUAUUCCGAAAAGUGUCAAUCCAGAGAGAAUAAUUGAAAAUUUCGAGAUUUUUAAUUUUAAGUUAACGGAAGAAGAAAUUAAGCAACUGGAGGACGUGAAGACACGUGUUCGUCUUUUUCUUUUUGAUUUACUUUUCGACCAUCCCUGGUAUCCAUUCGAAGAUAUUGACUUAUCGAAGAUGAAGCGUGUAUGUCUUAAAGACUAA